AUGAUUAAAGAAAUUAAAAUAACACUUUUAGGUAAUUCUGGAGUUGGAAAGAGUAGUAUAGUAAAUCGUUUUUGUUUUUAAAGCUUUAAUGAAAACAAUCAAUCAAAUCUAGGGGCAGGUUACUUUUCAAAAGAAAUAGAAUUACAAAACAAUAAAUUUAAAUUUUAAAUAUGGGAUACUGCAGGAUAGGAGAAAUUCAGAUCUUUGGUUCCUCUUUUUUUAAGAAGUAUUUCUUUAGGAAAAUUUAGAUUCUUAAGUUGCAAUCAUUGUUUAUGAUAUUACAUAAAAAUCAUCAUUUACUUCAUUAAAAGAAUGGGUUUCUAAUUUAGAAUAAAUAUGCACAAAAAAUUAAUGUAAUUUUCCAUAUUAUUUUUUAGUAUUUGUUCUAGUAGGAAAUAAAUGUGAUUUAAUUGAAUAAGAGGAAGUAACUUAUGAUGAAGCUAUGUAAUAUUCAUAUGUAAAAUAUUGAUUUAUUUAGAAUCUUAAAGCAAUAUUCUAAUAUACAAGUUGUAAAACAAAUGAUGGAAUUGAAGAACUAUUUAAUAAAAUUGCAGUUGAAUAUUUAAAAUUUGAAGAAGAAUAAUAAAACAAAGUAUAAAUCUAAUAAUACUAUUUUAGUAAAUGCAUACAAAUGAGAAAUAAAAUAGUAAAUUGAAAUUUUAAAACAAAUACUAUUUCACCUGUUGUUGA